AUGUCGAAAAAGGCAAAAAUAUUAAGACAAUCUCAUAUAAAAUUGGAAGAUCUCCCUCACUCCCCCCCCCCUUUAAAUUGAAACAAAAAAUUUUGUUUCAAUUUAAAGGGGGGUUAAGAAAAUGUUUUUAUAAACAAAUUUAUAUAUAAAAAUUUUUUUCAGAGAUAAAAUUUUAUGGUUCAUUCUGUGCUUGAUUUUUAAUUUCAAUUUCAUGAAAAAUUAAUUCAUAAAUUUCUCAAUCUCAAAGUGUAAACUUGCUGAAAUGGUAUUCUUCUAACUCUCCCCAUAACAAUUGGACAAAAUAGAGUUUAAUUUCUAAAUCUUAUAUGUUUGAAGCAUAUUAAAUAGGGUAUUAACGUAUUUACAUAUAAAAUAAUGAUUUUUACCUAUAAAAUUUUCUAUUAUAAUAAAAUUUUUGUUUCAAUUUAAAGGGGGGGUAAUUUCCCAAAAAAGUAGAAAUUUUACCAAUAUUUUGUUUCAAUUUAAAGGGGGGGGAGAGUCAGGAGAUCCUAGUGAAGAUAUAUACAGAUUUCUUAGACUUUAGUGAUUGAGGAAGAAUAGCUUGCUCUAGCAGCUGGCAGUGAAAUAUUAUAGAGAUAUGUUGAUCAACUGUUCGCGUUCUCAAUUUCUACAGUCUUCCUCUUAUGAGACCAUCAGAUUUCAAAACUGUUAUAAAAAAAUGCACUCGGCUGAAGAAACUCAGAUUAGAUUGUACUUAUUUAGACUUGAGCUCACUUGCUUAUAUUCCCACAGGACUUCAAGAGUUUAGACUUGAGUCUUUGGAUCGGCUUAUAAGCGACCCUGAAUUUUUACCCGUUCUAGAGAGAUUUCAGUUUCUAAAUGUCUUAAAGCUCUCAGUAUUUAACAAAUCUUUAAGCUACAAGAUAGUUCAAGACCAAUGGCUUAAUUUUCUUUCAACUACAAAUAUAGCUUCUUUUGAAAUCGAAAAUAUCCCGAUAGUCCCUUUUAAUCAGCUGAAAAAUGUCCCUGGUUUGAGUAUGGACAUAAUUGAAAAUUUUCUUGGGCUUAAAAAACUUAAAAUUUGGAAUUCUGUUGUAUAGCGAUUUUAAUUAAACAUUAAAACAUUUUUUUUAUUUUUCCUUUAUAAUUAAUUUUAAUUCAUUAAGAAAUAUUCAUCAAAUAUAAAAUACCAAAAAUUUCCUUCAGGUCUAGAAAAGUUAAAGAUCACAUCAAGUCAAGAUUCUAAAGUAAAUUGCCUAGGACUAAACGAUAUGACUUUUAGAAUUCUAGAAAAUUCUUGCUCAAGGAUUAAAAAGCUAAAAAUUGUUGACUCUAAAACCAGGAUAAAUGAUAAUGAUUCUUUAACCAAUGCUUCUAUAGCGCUAAUAUGCAAAAAAUGGAGUAAAAUAAAGCACUUGUGGCUGACUUCAUAUUCAGAAGUAGGGGUCAAUUACGUUGACGAAAAUUCAAUUAUAGACUUAUUUAAUACAUGUUGUGAUAUGCGGACGCUAGGUCUUGAUAACUUUAAGCAGCUUUCUGAUAUAUGUGUAGAAGCAUUAUGUAAUAAAAGCCCAAAUCUAGAAACAUUAUCACUCUCUUUUACCCGUAUUUCUGAUUCAUCUCUAAUUCAUAUUUCUUCACUUAAAAAACUUCAAUAUUUAAGCUUAAGGAACUGUAAGAAAUUAUCUGAACCAGGAUUGAUUGAGCUGCUCCGUGAUCUACCAGAACUUGAAGCUCUUAAUUUUUCAGCGACAUCUAAUAUCACUGAUCAAGUGAUAUCUGUGUUGGCAAGUAAUUGCAGAAAUCUUAAGCAGCUAGUAUUGAAUGAUGCAAGAAUAACCUCUCUAGAACCCAUUUCAAAUAUGGCAAACCUCAGUGAUUUAUCAAUAGUUGGCUGUAAAGGCUUAAAUAAUUCAGAAAAUUUCAGAUUUUUAGUGAGGCUGCAUAACCUUUGUAAUCUGACAAUUGUUGGGAGUAAAAUAUUGACUCAUGAUGAUUUUGCUUUUUUGAUGGAUGGAAUUGGGAAAAACUUAAGAAAGCUGAGGUUUGAUGGCUGCCAAAACCUGAAUGAUCAAAGCUUUCUUAAAAUUGCCCAAGUAGGUAAAAGAGUCAGAAUUCUUACGAUGAAAAAUAUUGUUCUUACAAAUCAAAUUCUGGGGUAUCUUGGAUUAAUGUGGUCGAACUUAAAACAAAUUUCUGUGUCUAAUCUGCUUUCGAAUGGGCAAAAUAAAGAAAUUACCCAUCAUGGCCAUGAGUUUAGAAUAGUGUUGGAAGUCAAUGGAGAGACCUUGUAUUUUUCAUCAUCAUAA